AUGUCUCUUGAUAACCCCAAACGCUACCGCAACACGGGUCCACCCCACCCCAUCGAUGCAGACACAUAUAAAGAAGUCGCGAUCACCUCACCACUAAGAUCCCACCCACCACUACCCUCAACAAUCGAAUCCAGCACCAGCGACUGCACCUUGCAAGUAAAUCACGAAGACUGUACCCUAGAGCUCAGCGACCGCUCCCUAAACCUCGAACUGAACGGCAUGCUAAAAGAAAGGCAUGUAGAGACAGACAUCGAGAAAGAAGCCGUGAACCAGGCAGAGCAGCACGAGUCCGGCCCACAGCGUGCAGGAACCGGCAAUGCCAGUCAGCUCCCGUACUCGGAGUCCAUGACGGAGACGGGGACUGUUAAGCGUCACAGAUCUCGUCGGCGGCAGUGGAUUAUUGCGAGUGCUGUAUUGGGGGUUCUUGUUAUCCUUACUGUUAUUAUUGUUCCUUCUGCUAUCUAUGGUACUCGUGAGACUCAGGCGAGGAAUAUGGCUAAGGCUCAGGCUAAUGAGGUUGGGCUUGGAUAUACAUGA